CAGCCAACCACAUCUGAGGGUGCGUGUGUGUGUGUGUGUGCAUGUGUGUUGGAUGCCAGAAAACAUACACACACUGAACUCACAAACGACAUUCUUCAUUUGUGUAUAAUACGGAAGACAGACAGCUUGGAAAUAAUUUAUAAUUGCCGAUUAAUUCGUGAAGAUGGCCAGUGCAAAUAUUGCGAUGGACAUUCAGCAUCAUGAGGACUUUGCAGGCGGCAGACAUACGGAUGAGAGUCCAUUGAUCAAAUAUUACCGUGCCAGUGAACCUCUACCCGGUGUUGUGCCAGUGCUGCACAGCUUUCUCAGGAAAGGACCUGCAACCUGGGCUGCUGUCCAGGCAUCCAGUGGAAUCCUGAGUUUCGGAAUAGGAGUCGUGUUUGCCGUGUCAUUCGAGAUAUAUAAUUUCGUGCUUACAUUACUCAGAGUGCCCAUCAUUACUGGAGUACUGUUUGUUUUCACUGGAAUCUUGUCUAAUCUUCUGUACAAGCACCCGGAGCUUCUACAGGCUUGUUAUAUUGCCAACAUCGGAUGUUUGGUUGUGUCUGUGAUCGGAGCGAUACUCCUAAGUGUAGACCUCCACCCAGGUCAAAAUACAAUCCAAUACAAGAUGGAAGUUCUGGUGUUAUGUGUGACUCUUAUGGACAUCAUCAUCGCUGCAGUUCUGAUAUUCUGGAUUCACAAAGAGAAGCGCAACAAGAAGCCGUGACUUUGUGAUCUCAUACAUCUAAUGUCUAACGUCUGCGUGUGUUUGCAGUCUUCGGUUCACUGUGGUUUUUCAAAACAUUGUUUCCACUCUGUUCAGGCAUUCACUGGAGGUUUAGUAACACGUAUUUAUAGAAUUAAAGAAGUAAGAAAGAAGAAGUAACUUGUAGAUGCUCGAAAAAAACGGACCAGAUUCUCCUCACACGUCAUCAUUUUUCUGAAAUCUUGGGACAGGAAAUUGUCAAGUUCUAUUCUAGGAAUAUCUAAUAUAAUUUUAGUGACUGUACAUAUAGCAUGAUAGAAUUAUUAUAGAAUGUUUAUCAUGAUUACUGUUAAAUAGAAAAUACAGUCCAAACCGUAAAUGGUGCAAAUAACAAAAUUGAUCUGAAUUUCAAAUAUAAUGACUAAUAUAUAAUGACUAUAAUAUAUAUAUAUAUAUAUAUAUAUAUAUAUAUAUAUAUAUAUAUAUAUAUAUGUAACAGUUCAAGGACGGGCAAGGAGGAGGCGGGAACCGGCUGAACAGUAAACAUAAAGGUUUAAUGAUAUAAAUGAACUUAAAAAUACAUAACAUAAAUGAACACAGUCACAGCCGCUUGCGUCUCUCUCUCUCUCGAACUGGCACCUCUGGCUCCCCUUUAUCUUGUUCUCCUGCUGAUCAGCUGAUUCAGCGCCGGCCACGCCCUCCUCCUCGUCAUACACACACACACACACACACAAACACACACACACACACACACACACACACACACACACACACACACAUAUAUAUAUAUAUAUAUAUGUAUA